AGUCAACAGCUUAUGGCCUGUUAUGAGAUCCGAAUUGUGAUACAGUUUAUAAAUGAAUAUAAAUUAUGGUUUCUGUGUAUAUCGUGUUCGUGUCUCAUCGGUCUGACAGGUGAGGAUAAAAGACUAUCACUAGUGUUGAGCUUUAGUGUCGGAAGUCUUUUAGGCGAUAAUUCAGACAACAUUGCGGUUCAAAAUGGUAUUAAUAAACGCAAGAAAAGAUACGGCAAAGAAAAGUUGGCGGAAAAUAAUUACAGAGAUAUAAAGACCCGAACAAUAGAAAGUGUCGGUUAUUUGAAUCUAUUGGCGAAUGCACUUGAUAACUUCAGUCAUGGUUUGGCCAUUUCAACCAGUUUUAUGGCCAGCAUUAAGAUGGGACUUUUGACUACUUUUACAAUAAUAAUGCAUGAAAUCCCUCAUGAAUUUGGAGACUUUGCUAUUCUAUUGGAUUGCCCUAAAUUCACUUGCGGCGCAUUCCUCAAUAUAUCACUUCUCAAUUUGAUGCCUAAAUUACUUCAAGAGAAAGAUAUUCGGUUCUUCACGCUCUUAGGCACCAGAAACCAAGCAAUCUCUUUGGCAACUCAUAGCGAUUGGACUCGGAAUAGGAUUUCAUUUCAUGGCUCAACCAAAUGGCUAUCGAAAGGACAGUUAGAGCUCCCGAUUGAUGGGUUGCGGCCAAUAGUAGUGAUGCCGAGCGCCACUUGUAAUACAGUGGCAGCCAUUAGACAAUUGACUGCGAGACGCGUUCGCGGACUUAAUGGCAAACGUCUUGAAUAA